AUCACAUGGAAAUUGAGUAGUGUGCGCCAUUGUUAAAAGCAGACAAGGUCGACAGAGAAAAAUGAAGAGUGAAUAGAGCGUUAUGAUGGGAAAAGAUGAACAGUGAGUAGGGCAGGAGAGUUCAAAUGAAUUGACAUUCACGCACCUCACGUACCCUAGAGUGCUCGAAACCGGAACGCAUCAUCUGCUUGACGCGGAAGCGUCAUAUAACACUCGCGAAUUGGUAUCCUCCGACAUUAGCAGUUGCUCCCUCCCCGAAAUGAGAGCCUCUUCAACUCUCUUUCUCAGAGGGCAGACUCCUUACUAUUCUACACUCUUCGGAAGCUCCAAAUUCUACAAAGGAAUACUCGAUGUCAAGAAGCAUCCAAUCAUUCUCUUCUGUAACAACAUCCAAACUAAUUCAUAUGAAGUUGCCAAUGGAAGCUAUAUUCCAACUUUGCAGACCGAAGACAAGAAUAACAAGGAAAAACCAUCUAGAAAAAUAGAAGCCAUCGGGGCGUUUCAAAAGUUACCCAUGGUGAUGCCAUCUGUUGAUAUUAUUGGUUCAGCACUAAGAAAGGCAAAGAGAAUUCCUCCAACAAAAGGGAUUGCCAACACUGCAAAAAGGGAGAAGAACAGGGGUGCAAAGCAACUUGAUGCAUUGAUGAAAGAACUGGCUGUUCCUUUGAGAACGUACGUGGAGAAUUUUCCAAAGAAAACAUAUCUUCAUCCCUAUGAAAGGUCUCUUGUUGAAUUGACUCUUGGAGAUGGAUAUUAUGAAAUGGUCUUGGGAAAGGUAGAUGCUUUAAGAAAGAAGGUAGUAUCUGUUGGCAAGGAACAUGCUUCACUUUGCGCUAAGUCCUCGUCAAAGAGAGAAGCGGAGGAAAGACUGAAUGAGUUAUUGCAGGGCAUUCAAAAAGUUGAACAUAUUUUUUAUCGAGAAGGGAAAAUUGUUGACGAUUUGUUGGGCAUUGCCAAGACUUUAAGAGCAAUGCCUGUAAUUAGCUUGGAAACACCUACACUCUGCCUUGUUGGAGCUCCUAAUGUAGGAAAAUCUUCCUUGGUCCGUGUACUCUCUACUGGAAAGCCUGAGGUUUGCAACUAUCCCUUCACAACAAGAGGGAUUCUUAUUGGUCAUAUUGUUUUGAACUAUCACAAGUUUCAGGUUACAGAUACACCAGGCCUACUGAAGAGACAAUAUGAAGACAGGAACAAUUUAGAAAAGUUGACACUUGCUGCCCUUUCACAUUUGCCAACUGCAAUUUUGUAUGUCCAUGACCUUUCUGGGGAGUGUGGCACUUCACCUGCUGAUCAGUUCAGCAUAUACAAAGAAAUAAGGGAAAAUUUUACUGAGCACUUGUGGCUUGAUGUUGUUUCCAAAUCUGAUCUGUUGGAAAAGGCUCCAGUAAUCUAUGCCACAGAAUAUGCAGAUCCUGAACAGCUUGAGCUGUUGAAGUACCGGAUUUCAGGACCUGAUGGAGCUAUUCAUGUCUCUGUAAAAACAGAACAAGGACUUCAUGAGCUGAAAUGCAGAGUGCGUGAGCUGCUUAAUUUGCAGAUGGCUAAGAUAAAUGAUAUGAGCAAGAACCAACAAAAGUGAUAAGUUUUGUUCUUAGAGGACACCAGAUCUGUGAAGCAACAUCACAGCUGAAAAAAGGGAAGCUUUACUCGUCGUACAACCCUUGGCACCAUGGCAAUUAAGGGGGGCUUGCUUUCUGGUUACAAUUAAGCAUGGAAUGGUAAGUCAUGAGAUACUUCUGUGGCAUGUUUGACACUGGUGAGUUUUGAAGAAAUGAAGCCCUUGAAGAAACUAGAUCUUUGGUGUUGGAAAUUGUUGGGGCUAGAUAGAACCGUGAUGUAAUUAAAUUCUUUGUUAGAAAUAAUUAAACUUUUCUUGCAUGUUUUCUUGUUUUUGGCAUUGUUACUCUUCCUCUAUCAGUCUCUUAUCUUUCGCAAGAAUUUUUUAUGCCAUGCUCUAUGUAAUUAUUUGGGGAUUUAAGCCCCCACAAGUUACAGGAUGACUCGUUUCAAAAGAAAAACCUUAAUUUGGA